GCAGGAAAACAUGAAGCCAUUGUGAAGAAUGUUCAUGAUCUCCUGGCAAAAUUGGCAUGGGAUUUUUCUCCCGAACAACUUGAUCAUCUUUUUGAUUGCUUUAAGGCCAGUUGGACAAAUGCAAGUAAAAAGCAACGUGAAAAGUUACUUGAGUUGAUUCGUCGUCUUGCAGAAGAUGAUAAAGAUGGUGUGAUGGCACACAAAGUGUUGAACCUUCUGUGGAAUCUGGCCCACAGUGAUGAUGUGCCUGUAGAUAUCAUGGACCUGGCUCUUAGUGCCCACAUAAAAAUACUAGAUUACAGUUGCUCCCAGGACCGGGACACACAGAAGAUCCAAUGGAUAGAUCGCUUCAUAGAAGAACUUCGCACAAAUGACAAAUGGGUUAUUCCUGCACUGAAACAAAUUAGAGAAAUUUGUAGUUUAUUUGGUGAAGCACCUCAAAAUUUGAGUCAAACUCAGCGAAGUCCCCAUGUAUUUUAUCGCCAUGACUUAAUCAAUCAACUUCAGCACAAUCAUGCCCUAGUUACUUUGGUAGCAGAAAACCUUGCAACUUACAUGGAAAGCAUGAGACUGUAUGGUAGAGGUAU